GUAAUUAAAAAAUAUAUUUUUUUUAAUGUUGUGAUCUUAAUAAGACGUAGGGAGGGGAGAGAGAGAAAGAGAAAGAGAAAGAGAAAGCGAGCAAGACGGAGGUGAUAGAGAGAGAAUGAAAGAAAGAGAAGAUAUUGAUUUUGUAUCUCAUCAUGUGCAUGUCUUUGCAUGGCUGAUCUGUUUGAUGCAUUUCUUGAUCCAGGACCAAAUUUAUCAUCAAAAUUUAUAGAAUAUUAUCAUGAAGGCUUGGGAGGCAACGGUGAGGAAAACACAAGCAGUCGCAAGGAAACGAGCCAACACAAUAUUUGGUACAUAUGGUCCAUCGCAUGUUGAGGAAGAGAUAAUUGAUCAAGUAGAUGUAGAAGAGGAGAAUGAAGGUCAUGCGAAUGGGGAGGUUUACCAUUCGGAGAGGUUCCUCCCUAAUGGAGAUUAUUACAGUGGAUAUUGGGUUGAUAGUUUCCCCCAUGGACAUGGAAAAUAUUGGUGGACUGAUGGAUGCAUGUAUGUAGGUGAUUGGUUUAGAGGGAAAAAGAUGGGGAAAGGAACGUUUAGUUGGCCGUCUGGUGCUAUGUAUGAGGGGAAUUUCAAGAGUGGAUAUAUGGAUGGUGAAGGCUCGUUUACGGGGCCUAAUGGAGACUCAUUUAAAGGUUCUUGGGUGAUGAAUUUGAAACAUGGACAUGGGGUUAAAGAAUACUCUAAUGGUGAUGUUUACGAUGGAGAAUGGAAUCGAGGAUUACAACAAGGAAAUGGAAAGUAUGUAUGGAAGAAUGGGAAUUCGUACGUUGGUGAAUGGAAGAAUGGUGUUAUAUGUGGUAAAGGUAAGAUGUGUUGGAAAAAUGGUAAUGUGUAUGAAGGGAAUUGGGAAGAUGGAGUUCCAAAGGGUAAUGGAACAUUGAAAUGGGAUGAUGGGAGUUUCUAUGUUGGAAAUUGGAAUAAAGAUCAAAAUGAACAAAAUGGUACUUUUUAUCCAUCUGCAUCAUUGUUAGAAGGUGGAAAUCUUGAUUGGGAUCCUCAACAAGUUUACAAUACUGAUUUGUUGGAAUGUAGCAUUUGUCCAAAUGAGAAAGUUUCAAUAUUACCUUCUCAGAAGAAGUUGGCAGUUUGGAGGUCUGCCAAGGCAACAGAAAACAACGUUAGGCCAAGGAGGAUGUCAGUGGAUGGGCGAAUAGACGCAGCCCCUGUAGAUAGGGAAUUUGGUAGGAUGCGCUUAUCAGACUGUGCCGGAACACCUCCAAGAAUAACUUGUGUAGAUGAUGCUAUGGAUGGAUAUAUUAGAGGGAGUCCUAUUAGACAUCCUAAGGCAGUAAAAAGGCAAGGAGAGACUAUUUCGAAAGGUCAUAAGAAUUAUGAACUUAUGCUCAAUUUGCAGUUGGGAAUCAGGCAUUCAGUAGGAAGGCCAGGACCAGUUCCAUCCCUUGAUCUCAAGCCUUCGGCAUUUGAUCCGAAAGAGAAGUACUGGACAAGAUUCCCACCUGAAGGAUCUAAAAGCACACCUCCUCAUCCGUCUUGUGAAUUCAGAUGGAAAGACUAUUGCCCUAAAGUUUUCAGGGCUUUAAGGAUGUUAUUCAAAGUUGAUGCAGCUGAUUAUAUGUUGUCGAUUUGUGGUAAUGACGCCCUCCGAGAGCUAUGUUCCCCAGGAAAAAGUGGAAGCUUUUUCUACUUGACAAAUGAUGAUAGAUACAUGAUCAAGACAAUGAAGAAGGCAGAAGUAAAAGUGCUUCUAAGGAUGCUCCAUGCCUAUUUCAGUCACGUUCGUUCAUUUGAUAACACGCUAAUGACCAAGUAUUUUGGCCUGCAUUGUGUUAAGCUAACCGGACCAGCACAGAAAAAGGUACGAUUUGUUAUCAUGGGGAAUCUGUUCUGCACUGAUUAUACAAUUCAUAGACGGUUCGACUUGAAAGGGUCAACGUUUGGCCGGAUGACAGAUAAACCAGAAUCAGAGAUUGAUGCAACCACAACUCUAAAGGACCUUGAUCUCAACUUUAUAUUCAGGUUACCUAAGACAUGGUUCCAAGAAUUCCGAAGACAAGUUGAUAGGGAUUGUGAGCUACUAGAACAAGAGAGAGUGAUGGACUAUAGCCUUUUAGUUGGUCUUCAUUUUAAAGAAGCAACUGGAGAUCAAACUCCUCCUCCUGGUUGUAGAACACCUGCUGGAUCGGAAGAUGGAUCAGCUCCUCGUCUUUCUCGUGCAGAUAGGGAUCGAUUGCUUUCCGGGUUGGCUGGCAGAAGUUUGGGUAUAAACAUGUCGGCACGCGUUGAAAGGACAGAGAGGAAAAAUGACUUAGACUUUCAGUUAGUAGGAGAACCAACAGGGGAGUUUUAUGAUGUGAUAUUAUUUUUUGGAAUAAUAGACAUACUUCAAGACUAUGAUAUUACAAAAAAGCUUGAGCAUGCAUAUAAAUCAAUCCAAUGUGAUCCUAAUUCUAUCUCAGCUGUUGAUCCAAAGGCAUACUCAAGACGUUUUCGCGAUUACAUAUACAAAGUUUUUACAGAAGACACUUGAUAUAUCAGUUUUCACUCCUCAAUUUUAAAUGGUAAAAUACACGAGACGGAGCUUGUUUUGUUAUUAUAAUUUGGAAUGUUUUCUCAAUGGUUGCAGCAAAACAAUAGUACACUUUACAUUUCAUUUUAUUUUAUUCUUUUUCCUUAUAAUUUUUCUAAGUCUUCUUUUCAUAGAUACAGACACCAUUUGAGAUGAUAAUUGUAUAGAAACAGUUGUAAGAGAAAUGUAACUGAUUUAAUUGUGAGAUAUGUUAUUUCAGAGUUAUUUGUAGAGCAGAAUGGGAUUUCCAUUUAUAUUGAUACUAUUGGUUGGGUGUG